GCAUUGAUUCUGCUCCCUGUACUUGUAUCAACUUUCCAUCUUUGCGUGCUGCAGUUUGGGAUUUCUCUUCCUUCUUUCCUUCCAUUCUUCCUUCUUCCGGCGUCGCGAUGGCCUUCUCUCGCUCGGUUGUUUCUCUCCUGCGCACAUCCCGGCACAUUGUAUCCCCCGCUCGAGGUGUUAAUCCCGUCAACAGAGUCUUCGGCCAUGACAGAUUCGCCGCCCGAGCAUAUGCUACUGUUUUUGAGCGGACCAAGCCCCAUGUGAAUGUUGGUACGAUCGGUCACGUCGAUCAUGGAAAGACAACCCUCACAGCAGCAAUCACGAAGAGACAGGCGGACAAAGGCUUAGCGCAGUUUCUCGAUUAUGGCAAGAUUGACAAAGCACCCGAAGAGCGAAAGCGUGGUAUCACGAUCGCAACUGCGCACAUCGAAUACGAGACGAACAACCGCCACUACUCUCAUGUCGACUGCCCCGGUCACGCUGAUUACAUCAAGAACAUGAUCACCGGUGCUGCUCUUAUGGAUGGCGCUGUCGUGGUGGUUGCCGCUGGCGAUGGUCAGAUGCCUCAGACAAGAGAACAUCUCCUCCUAGCCCGUCAGGUCGGUGUCCAAAAAUUGGUUGUUUUCGUUAACAAGGUCGACACCGUCGAGGACCCUGAAAUGUUGGAACUUGUUGAAAUGGAAAUGCGCGAGCUCUUGUCCUCGUACGGCUUCGAUGGAGACAACACCCCCAUCAUCUUUGGUUCUGCCCUCUGCGCCCUUGAAGGCACCAGACCCGAGAUCGGAGUUGAAAAGAUUGAUGCUCUGCUGGAGGCCGUCGACAGCUGGAUUCCAACCCCUGUCCGAGACACUGAAAAGCCUUUCCUCAUGUCGGUCGAAGAAGUCUUCUCUAUCGCAGGAAGAGGCACUGUCGCUUCAGGCCGUGUUAUGCGAGGCGUGUUGAAGAAGGAUAGUGAGGUCGAGAUCGUGGGAGGUCGUGACGAGGUCAUCAAAACCAAGGUGACAGACAUUGAAACGUUCAAGAAGUCCUGCGAAGAAUCAAGAGCUGGUGACAACUCUGGUCUUCUACUGCGCGGUGUCAAACGGGAAGACGUCAAGCGUGGAAUGGUGGUUGCCGUCCCAGGUUCUGCCAAGGCUCAUCAAGAAGCGCUUGUGUCGCUCUACAUUUUGACAGAAGAGGAAGGAGGUAGAAAGUCAGGCUUCACUGAGAACUACAAGCCACAAGUCUACAUCCGAACCGCAGAUGAGGCAGCACAGCUCAAGUUCCCAGAGGGUACCGAAGACCCAAGCAAGAUGGUCAUGCCUGGAGACAACCUGGAGAUGGUUCUGAAGACACACCAUCCUGUGGUUAUGGAAGCUGGCGAACGAUUCAACAUGCGAGAAGGUGGGCGGACGGUCGCCACCGGCCUUAUCACCAGAAUCCUGAAAUAGGCCGGAUAACUCUUGAUCAUGUGCAGAAGCGAACAAGAGGUGGGCUACGCUGGCACCGACGCCUUGAAGCUUUGUAUCAAAAUGUGUCAUGUCUUCACCGUGUCAUAAUUUGGGAUGUACAUUUUGUCAGGGGUUUCGGGUCCCGGAAGAGGACGAUCAUGACCGUGGAGCAUUGCGAUAUCUAGGGAGUCCGCGCUGGGAUGGAAGAAGCUUGCAUAUACCAACCUCUCUACUUCAAUUCCGAAAAGUGUUUAAACAUGCUGCCCAGUUACAUGAAUGAGG